AUGACUAAAGAAAUCAUAAUAGACAUAACAGAUUAAUAAUUAUAGUUUUUAGUACAAAAAACUAAUUAUUGAUGAAACCUUUAUUUUCAUUAAAUUCAUAUUCAUCCUUAUUUAAUAUUUUCUUUUUUCUAAAUAUCAGAUUUGUUAUUAAUUGUUAAAUAGAUUAAUAAUAAUUGAUUCAUCAUCUGUGAUANCUGCUGGCCAGGAAAGGUAUAGAGGAAUCACAAGCACGUAUUAGAAUAAAAUUUAUUCAGUCAUUUUCGAAAAGCAGGAGGAGCUUUAGUUGUUUAUGAUGUAACAAAGGAGAAGACAUUUGAAAGUGUUGUAAAGUGGAUGGAAGAUUUGCGAUAUUAAGCUGAACCAGAUGUGGUUAUAAUGUUAGUCGGUAAUAAAAUAGACUUAGUUGAAAACAAUGGAAGUGCAAGGUUGUUAUAUUUGGUUAUACAUAGAAAGGUUUAAAAAGAAGAUGCUAAAAAUCUUGCAUAAUAGCAUAAAGUAUUAUUUGAGGAAUCAAGUGCUGUCACAGGUUAGAAUGUAGGAUAAUGCUUCGAUAGAUUGCUAUAAGGUUUUAAUUAGCUUAUCAUUAGAAAUGUAUAAAAUUAAAUCAUUAACCCCUGGAUAAGACAACCCUAAUCAAGGCCUUUCAUUAAACAAUUAAAAUCCGUCCUAAAAUCCUGACAACUGCAAAUGUUGACAAUCCAUAUAUAUAUA